AUGGAAGAAGAAUGGUUAUCUACACAUUUUGACUUUGUUAUUAUUACAGUACCCAUCGGACAUUUAAAACAAUUUUCUUCAACAAUGUUCCUCCCUCAACUUCCAAAACAUAAAUUAAAAAUAAUUGAAGCUAUAGGCUUUGGAAGUAUGGAAAAAGUUUUUCUGGUCUAUGAUAAACCCUUUUGGCCUGAAAAUAUGACGUCUUUAAUAGCUUUGAAUUGUAAUUGUGAAGAGGAGGAGGAAGGAAGGAUUAGAGACAGUCUUCACACAUUACAACCACAUCCUUGGGCAAAGAAUAGGGUGAGGAUUAAAAAUUAA